UGAUAUUUCUUUGUACUUUUUUAACCUCCUCGUCGUAGCUACAUUUUAGAGAUGAUAUCGCUCCCCAAAAAGGUGUUUUGCGCGCCUAUCUACUGUGGCCCUCAAGAAAUGAGAGACGCUGUCAUAAGAGAACUUGAGUCUUUAGAAAACCUCAAGCCUGUUCCAUGGCUUGUUGCCUCUACAGUCUUCUUAAAUAAGGAUGGCUCUUUCUCUCUUAAAGUGAUAGAUGAAGGGUCCCUUAAAAUAGGUAUGCAGAAAGUAUCUUCAUUUAUGGUCAAUCUCUUUUACUCGCCAAGUCGAAAAGUCCCGGAAGAACAGCAGAGACUACACUAUGCUCGGCGAAGACUGCUAAUCUCACUCCUGGCGCAUGCGUGGCUCUGGAGGAGACACAAAGUAUUGGAUAACCAAGGCAACCCGGUGGCCUUUGAAGACAGGAGAGUCCUUGCACCUGAAGAUAUCCUUAAGUUUCUUAAGGAUACUCAGGUUCACACUAGGCAAUGUCGCUGCGAAAAUGUCCGAGAUUUCUUAGAGAAGAAGGUUCAGGAAGUGCCUUUACUUGAGGAUACGUCGAAGUGGAAUGUGAUGUGGGUUACUGCAUGUCUAUGGUGGGAUAAGUCACAUGAUUUACGAAAACAUGACGUACACAAAGGCCCAUGGUGCUCCUGUCGUCUCGAGAAUGCAAAUCGGCUUCCAACGCUCUGUUUUGCCGGACCAAAAAUGGUAACGACGGCUGCAGCUGGUCUGGCCCAAGUACGCCUGCCAUCUUACCGCGAAGCAUCUUGCCACGAGGCUUGCCCACCUCCUUAUCAGCAAGCUUGCCCAAUCGAGAGUCAAAAUGCAUUCCAAGAGAGUUAAGUACACCAUAGUAGAUAGCGAAUUGUGGAUGAUAUGGAGACACAAUGAUAGUGAGAGAAUGGGAUGUUAGGCAGAGACUGAUUAGGGUAUGUGUAACUUAACGAGUCUACAGUAGGCAUUGUAUGUAAGCAUUAGUGAAUAGUACCCUAUGGCCAACACAAGCCGCCUGGCGUA